GCAUUAGAGAAAUGAAUCAAAAAUGAUACAGCAUUAAGCAACAACAGAAAAAACGGCCAUACUGAGACGGUAGGAGAAGAAUUGUCAGAUUCUCCGCGUAUCGUUUGGUAACUUGCAAGUAGGCAGGCAUGGUCCUGUCAUCGCUCACGUUUGCGUUACCUUGCACUCCAGCAAGGCACCGCAGCACUUUACUGAAACUUUGUAAACAUUGCAAGUGGACAGUUCCGGGGCGACCUGUGCAUCAGUUCGUGGGAGCAAAAGGAGUUUCUCAACGGGAUCAUUGGGGACCGAGGUGGUCGUCCAUCAGCGGCGGCUCUGAGAGAUCCGUAGUCCUUCAUUGGAAAAGGCAUCAUUCUGCUGAUCACGGACAGGUUCGGGUGAGGUUUGCGCCAAGUCCAACCGGCUUCCUUCAUUUAGGAGGGCUUCGCACAGCACUGUACAACUACCUCUUUGCCAAGAAGUAUGGCGGGAGCUUCAUCCUGCGAAUGGAGGACACCGACCAGAGCAGACUGGUGCCUGGAGCGGCAGAUGCCAUUGAGGACAUGUUGGAGUGGGCAGGGAUCCCUCCGGACGAGAGUCCGCGGCGCGGCGGUCCCGCGGGGCCGUACCUGCAGUCUCGGCGGUUGGGCCUGUACGCGGAGGCGGCGCAGACGCUGCUGGAGUCGGGCCACGCGUACCGCUGCUUCUGCUCCGCCCAGCGGCUGGAGCUGCUCAAGAAGGAGGCGCUCAGGAGCGGAGAGACGCCGCGCUACGACAACCGCUGCCGCCACCUCCAGCCGCCCCAGCUGGCGGAGCGUCUGUCCCGGGGCACGCCGCACGUGAUCCGCUUCCGCCUGGAGCCCGGCGCCGAGCCCUUCCAGGACCUGGUGUUCGGCCGCAACCGCCACGAGGUGUCGGCGGUGGAGGGCGACCCGGUGCUGAUGAAGGCCGACGGCUUCCCCACCUACCACCUGGCCAACGUGGUGGACGACCGGCGCAUGGGCGUGACGCACGUUCUCCGCGGCGGCGAGUGGCUCAUCUCGACCUCCAAGCACCUGCUGCUGUACGGGGCGCUGGGCUGGGCGCCGCCCGUCUUCGGCCACCUGCCGCUGCUGCUGAACCGCGACGGCGCCAAGCUGUCCAAGCGCCAGGGCGACAUCUUCGUCCAGAGCUUCGCCCGCCGCGGGGCGCUGCCCGAGGCGCUGCUGGACAUGGUGACCAACUGCGGCUCGGGGUUCGAAGGCAACCGCAUGGGACGUAACCUUGACGAGCUCAUCGCCGAGUUCAACGAGUCCAAGAUCACCACUCACUCGGCCCUUCUGGAUCUGGACAAACUCCCAGAGUUCAACAGGAUCCACCUCUCGCAGAGAAUAGACGACGUGGAACGUUGCCGCCACCUAGUGGAGGAGUUGAGGGAGCACAUCAUCCAGACGUUUGGCCCACAGAUCCAGGAGGAUGAUGUCCUAGACGAGGAGUACAUCCAGAGGGUCCUUCACCUCAGAAAGGGUCACAUCUCCGCUGUGCACGACCUGGUCACCCCCACCUACGCCUAUCUGUGGAUCAGGCCGUCGGUUGCCCGGCAGCAGCUGGACGAGCUGACGUCGGACGCGGCGACCAUCGCCACGCUGGUGAUCGAAUUGAUGGAGGCAGGCCGUGGGAAAGCUCUGACCACGGACUGGCUGAGCGCUGAGCUGAAGGCCGUGGCCAAGAAGGUCAAGUCCACCAAGUACAGCUCCGUGAUGAGGCUCCUCAGGCUCGCCCUCAGUGGACAGCAGCAAGGGCCAAGUGUUGCUGAGAUGAUGGUAUCUUUAGGUAGUGGAGAAACCUGCCAACGACUGCGCCGAGUGCUGCAACACUGAUAAGAAGAACACACGGCUUGUUGAAAUCUAUUGUUUGGUCUCUGUAUUGAUGUUAUCUGUAUUUUGCUUCUGUGAACAAAUAAACAAUUGAUUUGGAUA